GGCGCCUCGUACUUCAGAGUCCUCGAAAAAUAAUCUCUGAUGUCCAAACGCAGCAGCCGUUUCUAUCACGACCUCCUCUAUAGUGGUUUCUAUAUAAAGCGUCUCCGCAGCUCCGAGCCCGAUCGUCAAGAACCGGAAUGCUUUCCUCUCCGCCUCGUCAUAAUUAAGUUUCAAGGACCUCCUACGUAAUGGCCACCUCUCCGUCGCACCUUCAUUGUUUUGAAACUGGGCCUAUCGAGAGAACAGCCUGGCAGGUAUCUGUAUCUUUGUGACCCGUAUGAUGUGAGGCGCUGUGAUCAGCUGAUUCGCCACUUAUCGGCUGGCUGGACUGUCGGCGCGGCGCUCGAGCGAAACUUUCGCAGCAGGUCGAAGGCCGUGAGAGAGUCGUCUUCAUCCCAACACUCGAAAUGAGCCAGCACGGGAGCAACGGAGUCGGAGCCCAGCCCUCGCCCUUCCAGAGCCAGGCAUCCGGCGACUCCGCCGGAGGCGACAGUCGGCAGCAGGCCGGGUCCCUCAUGGAGCCCAGCGUGGACUCGGGCAUCCUGGAUACCACGCGGGUCGAAGACAUCAGCGGCGGCGGCCCACCGUCCCUGAGGCGCCGAGUGGUGGACGCCGUGCUGCUGGUCAGGCUGGAGAUCUUUCUCGCCCUGUUCAUCCUCUCGAGGUUCAUGACCAUGACUCCCAUCCAGGACCUGCUCCUUCAGAAGGCCUGCCUCAACCGCAUGCACUACAACGAGAGCAUCUGCUCGCACCUGGACGACCACGAGGACAUCAAGAACAGGGCCGAGAAGGCGGCGAGCAUGACCAGCAUGGUACGCACCGUCAUCUCACUGGCCCCGGGCGCCGUCAUCGCCAUUUUCGUUGGGCCCUGGUGCGACAAGUACGGCUACCGGACGCCGCUCCUCAGCGCCAUGACGGGCUUCCUCAUCAGCACGGCGCUGACGAUGAUGACCGUGUACCACAUGUGGAUGCCGCUCUACGUCAACAUCCUGUCGACCAUACCUGACGGCUUGAGCGGAGGCUUCAUCGUCGUCUUCACGGCCAUCUACAGCGAGGCCACACUGACCACUGAUUCGAAGAGCAGGAGGGCGCGAUUCUUCGCUCUGAACUUCACCAUGUCGCUGUGCUCGCCGCUGGCCGGUUUCACCGGCGGUCAGCUAUACGGUCACUUCGGCUGGAAGACGGUGCUGUACGUGGCCUUCGUCAUAGCCAUCUUGUCCAUCGUGUGGGUUCUGGUGGCCAUCAAGGACUUGGUGAAGCCCGAACACGCCCAGGAUGGAGCUAGGGUCAAGUUCUGCAACUUGUUCGAUGUGUCCAACCUGGCAGACGGGUUCAAGACUUCGAUGAAGCUCCGGCCGAACAAGGGAAGGACUCAGCUAUGGUGUCUGUUCGGCGCCAUCUGCUGCGUCGUGUUCGACAUGGCUACCAUGGGCACCAUGUACUACUAUGUGCGCAAGAUGUACAAUUGGACGGUGGCGCACUACGCCACGGUCUCCUCCAUCUCUUCGGUGUGCAACGUGGUGCUGAGCAUGCCCAUCAUCUUCCUCUUCGUCAAGGUCCUCAAGAUCAGCGACCCCGCCAUGGCGCUCGUCGGUGUCUGCUUCGCCAUCGUGCAGAUGACUAUUCUGGGUCUCGCCUUCAAGGAGUGGCUGUACUACCUGUACUGUGUGGCCGGCAUCCCUACCUUCCUGGGCCAGGUCGGGGUGCGUACCCAUCUUUCCAAGCUGGUGGGACAGGACGAAGUGGGUAAGGUGUUCUCGUUUCUGGCCUCUUUCGACGCGGUGGUGCCUGUCCUUGGCGAGAUUCUCAUCACGUCGCUCUUCAACUGGUCCAUCGGCUUCUUUCCGGGACUGCCUUACCUGGUGGCCGCUGGAAUCACCUUCAUCUCGGCUGGUCUCAUCGCCUACGUGACGAAGAUUCAUCAGGAGGGCGUCAUGUACGAAGACAUGCCCAAAGAGGAUGCGGUCCCGGCGCCUAUCAACGAUUGAAGUGCUGAGACGGUGCAGCUUAGCUGCCGCGUACAUCGCGCACACUGAAAGCUGAUAUUAAGCGGCGGCUACACGAAGCACAUUUGAUAUAUGUUAUCGGUAUGUCUUUGUAGACAGCGUCCGCACGUUCGUUUUUGUGCUUCACAAACACCGGGCUGUUUUUCGUGGCCCAAAAUGUGUAUAGUAAGGUACUUGCAAUCUCCGGUUACCACGUGGAGCAGUGUUAGGCCUAACUUACCGUGCAGCCAUGGCGAAGCGUAAAACGAACGCGCCAACGCUGAGGACGCGUCGAUUUAAAUGUGUUACCUGUGGCUGCCGCUUGCGUUGUUAGUAUAAGUGAAUAUUGUAGCGUAGAGUUAUCGUUCUACCACUCUUGUUGACAAAACCACUCGCCGCCGAUUGCGCACGCGCCGUUGUCAUACAUGCCAGGUGGGAAGCGUUAGUGGUGACGCUAUGCUAAAACACUCCAAUGACACCAGCCGUGCCUGGAAUUCGCCUGUAUAUAGCGCAUCGCAUCACUAUAUUUAUCGAAGAUGCGAGUCGUUUCAGCGAACAGUUACCGCGUCGCGUCGAAUCGGUGUGGAUGGAAUAUAAAGUGGUUAGUCUUAGUGAUGGGGUGCUUAAAAUACGACUGGCAUGUCGGGCGUUUUGUGCAACGUCGAACGUUGCACAACAUGCCAUGUACUCGGAACUACGUGUUGACCUGAUGCGUUAGCAAAUGCGACGCGCUAGUCAUGUAAACACUGCUCUGUGGUAACGCACUUGUCCCUGGCCCGAGUGUAUGGCUGCGUGCUUGCUCAGCUACUUCCGAUGUCUGUACGCGUGCGUCGUAGCUACUGCAUUAGUUUUUCAGGAAGUGAUGAAGUCCUGCUCUCGACCCAUGCACGUAGCGGUCGUCGCUAGUACCGACUUUGAGCCACUGGCUCUACCCGUCAAGUAGGAGCACGACGCACAGAUUAGCACCUAUAGUAACAAAUGUACGUGAAGUGCGUCCUACUGUUUCAUUGUAUACGAACGGUCGUGAGAUAGGGGUGCGUAUACACGUGUCACGGGAUGAAAGUGAUAGUGUUUGCAUCGGGCAACUUGAGGCGAUGCUUCCUCCCUACAUGAACCUUCAUUAUGUAUUGACUGUGCUUCCGCCAGCACCAGGUGGAAGACACCCGCCGAGUUUUGUCCGCGUCGUUCGUGUGUCCUUAUAACAGUUGACCAGAAGGUCCUUUUUUUAUUACCUCAACAUGUACGAUGGCAGAUUAAGAGCCCGACGCGUUUGCACAUGCCUCUCGCAUGAUCCGGUGCAAUCGUCAAAGCUUCUCACAUCGCGAUUAUGCCAUAACGUCAGUGUAGAACUUCGCACAUUCACUAUUACGCACCAUUGUUUGUUGUUACAAUUAUAACGUGGGACUUUCUCCUAGAAUUAACGCUCAAUUAUUGUACAUUAGCUACCACGUCUUAGGACUUAAUAUAUACGGCUAAGCCGCGUUGACAUGUCAGUGAAACAGAGGCUUACUGUAAAACAAAAAUGGGAUUGAUUGCCGUAUUGGUGUCGUACCCACCACGGUCCUUCCUUUCUUUCGUUGUGCAGCUGUGGGCUGUUUUUGGCAACAUUCAUGGAAGCUGCACUAACGUGCCUAAUUCAGUGUCCUACACCGGUCCUAAACAGUGGAAUGUCUCGUAGCUUUUACAAGGUUCCUAGAGUGGCAACUGAAAAAGUUUCCAAGGGACGUUCAGCAAUCGUGAUCCAGAGAUAACUAUGGACGCUAUCGUUUGGUAUACGGCCCUCUUGGCACUUCCGUGCUACACCUCUCGGAAAUAUUUACCUCAGACUUAUAUUACACGCAAUAUACCUUUCCAGGAAACUCGAGCACAGAAGUGUACACGUUGUUACGUGCGUAUAGUAUUAGCGCUGUACAUGCAUAAGCAGGCGGUAGAACUGCAUGCUUGCGCUAGUCAAAAGCAGCGUCUUAUAAACUGAAUGCCCUUGAGCGCCCUUGUGCAGAUAUCUUUGUUAUCGUCCCUUUCUCAGUGUCGCACAGAAGAGGGAAAAUAAAUCCGUCCACUUUAUAUAUAUAUAUGAAUAUGCGGGGUUGUACUUUUGACCGAUCGCUUUGAGGGAAUCGUAUCCUUUUCGCAAUACGUCCAUUGUGACCCUUCUCCGUAGUGACGGGCCUCAAACGUCGGUAUGCUCGAGAGAACUAUCGUCAUUGAUUAUGCAAUUAUUUUGUGCAGCCAGCACAGUGAAAAGUGUGGCGUUUUAUCGCAAUCUGUUUAUCUUCAGCAGCACAGCGGAAUCUGCGAACCGUACAACAAGAUGGCGUACGUUCACGUCACUUGAAUGCACCCUGCAUACGACGUGUGCAAGCUUAGCUAAUCGGCGCUCGUGUACUUAUAGUGAUCGAUCAAUAAUGUGUUCCCCUGCAACAGCAACGCACUGCCUGCCUAAUGUGUUCACAUUUGCAGCUGCAUUGGUUCGGACAAACGUACGAGUAGUUUCUGAAGCUGUAGAAAAAUUGUUCGCUAGAAAGAGACUUUGGUGCUUGAAU